UAUAGCGAACCUAAUCCAAGGAAGAAGAAGAAACUGACCCGACUCUAAUCGCCGCCGGUGACGAAGACAGCCCUCGAUCCGAUCCGGCGAUGCUCCACAGCGUCAAGUUCCUCUGCUCCGUCGCCCGCCUCGUGCACGCGCUGCUCAUGUCCCUCUGCUCCCCGCGGACGCCGCCGGCGCCCCUGCAGCAGGUGCAGGCGAUCAUCAAGGCGACGAAGGUGCUGCGCCCGGCGUCGAUGGCGGUCGCCGACCACGACGAGAAGCCGCGGCCGCCUCCGGUGCUUGUCCUCCCGCCGGCGUUGUUCAAGCAGGGGGAGAAGGGGGCGAAGGCGAGGGGCAGGCCGUCGAGGCUUGUGAUCCCGCCGCCGCCCGUGGCCGGCCGUGACGCCGGAUUCGACCCGUUCGGGGAGGCGGCGGCGGCGGAUCGCGUGGCGGCGGAGGUGGAGGAGCAGGGGGAUGGGUUCUGCGUGGCGAGCAGGAGAGGGGUGAGGCAUGCCAUGGAGGACGCCUAUGGCGCGGUCGCCGACGAGAUUCGUGGAGAAUCCCGAAUGGCGUUCUACGGUGUGUACGACGGGCAUGGCGGCAGGGCGGCCGUGGACCUGGUCGCGGAAAGGCUGGGCAAGAACGUCGUCGCCGCCGCCGCCACGGCGAGCCCAGGAGACGAGCUGGGCGUCAUGGCGGCGAUCAGACAAGGGUAUUUGACCACGGACAACGAGUUCUUGAGCCAGGGCUUGCGAGGCGGGUGCUGCGCGGCGACGGCGCUGCUCAAGGACGGCGACCUCUACGUGGCCAACGCGGGCGACUGCCGCGCCGUCCUCGGCACCCGGAGCGGCGCCGCCAUCCCCUUAACCUCCGACCACACCCCGGCCCGCGACGACGAGCGGCGCCGCAUCGAAGCCGCGGGCGGGUACGUGAGCAAGGGCAGCGGCGGCGUGUGGCGGGUGCAGGACACGCUGGCCGUGUCCCGGGCGCUCGGGGACGCCGACAUGCGCGCCUCUGGCGUCACCGGCGUCCCCGAGGUGCACGCCGCCCGCCGCGUCACGGCCGACUGCGCGUUCCUCGUGCUCGCCUCCGAUGGGGUGUGGAGCAAAGUGUCCGACCAGGAGGCCGUCGACGCCGUCAUUGCUCGGAUCAGCAGCUGCACGGAGAAGACGACGGCGUCCGUGGAGUGUUGUAAGGCGCUGGUGGCGUUGGCGAGGAGCCGGGGGAGCCGGGACGACAUCACGGCCAUGGUCGUCGAUCUGCAGCGAUUCCUCCUGCCGAGAUAGCUAGCUCGAUCCUUAUCUGCGUGCAUGGUUUUUUUUUAAAAGUGGGAUUUACAUAUAGGCGAGGAAUGCAUGAUCUUAAUUUCGGUACGUAGGCCUGCCUCCGAAGAGAAUUAGUAGCACGCUUAAUUACGUGCGUGCAUAUAGUGAUAUAUAGGCCGGGCGCGGCGGCUCCAAGGAAAGUGCAGAUGAAUCGAGGUGUACAAAGUGUAUAGCAUCAUUUGCUUCUCAGAGUAGAUUGUUGAUUGCUGUAAUUUUGGUUUGCUAGUACGGCAGAAAACGAAGGAGAAGGAUGGGUUACACUGUUUUUUGUUUUUGGGAAAAAUUGAUGGAUUACACUUUGUUGUUU